AUGGCUGAUACUGUAGACACCAUGUAUGGUCGGCACCGACAGUCGAUAGCAGACAUCGAGCAAGACCUGACGGAGAUCUUCGAGGGCCACCCGGACGCAUACGAGAACGUGAAUAAGGAAUGGGUGCUGCCAGCGAAUUGUCUGCCCGAUGUAUUCGAGACAUACCAGCACCAAACCGGGAUCGAACUCUUGACGCGAGAGGAGAUGGACCAGAUGGUCGCGUUCGUGCAAAACACCCCUGGACUGGAGGCGACGCCCGCGAUGCUGCUUCAGGUCGUGGCGCAGCGCAGCGCGUCGAGCCCUGAACAGCAUUCUCCCGCCGGCGAACAGCCGCGCGGACGCGAGGACGAGCGGGCCGGGCGUCAAUCCCGCUCGUCAAGCGCCGGCUCUGAUGGCACCUACUAUCAUGGAAGCCGACCGCCCAGUCGCGGGCCGGCCGUGCCACCCUCGCCAUUUGACGCCCAGAAGAGGCAGCGCACCACACCAUUGGGGGCAGCAGCACCGUCUAGUUGGGCGAGGCGGCCGAUAGCACCAGCACGGAGGAAGAGCUUGAGUGAUAAUGAGUCUGGCGCGCCUUCUUCUUUCCGCUCUUCAACCGGUGGCCGUGGCAAACGUACCCCAUCCCAACAGCGCGACCAGUCCGACGACGAGUAUGGUCUCAGCUCUCCUCCAGGCGGUGAAGUCUACUCGCGUCCGCACUCCCGCACCCAAUCUCAACCUCAGAACGUCUUGUCUACACCCCGAGCAUCAUCCGACCGCGACGAGCGAAAAUCACCCGCUCACCUCGACCUCGCUCGGUCGGUAUAUGACGCCUUCCAAGAUCAAGUCUCUUCAUUGCCCAUGCCUCACGCCGAGAACGGGUAUGACGAGGAAGAAGACGAGGAUGUCACCGCUAUGGGCCUGGUCAUGGACCGUUCGGCACGGUCGUCGACUAUAUCUAUGGAGGCGGAUGAGCGCAUGGAUGUGCUCCAGAAGGCGAACAACGAACUCAGCAAGAAGCUCAUCGAGAGCGAGAGGCUGUUGCAAAACAGGCUGAACAAUCACGAGGCGGAUUUGGAGGAGAUGCAGGCCAAGCUGGAGGAGACGUGGGCGGAGUUGGCCGCGACGAAGAGGGAGGAGAAGGAGUUGAGAAGCAAGGAUCGUUCGAGCUCUCAACAGAUAUCGGCGCUGGAGAACGAGAUUUCCAAGCUUCAGAAGAACCUGGAUUCUUCCCGGCAGGCAUAUAAUAACCUCCAGAAGCAGUAUCAGGAGCAGCUCGCCGAGUCCGAGUCUUUGCGUAACCAGAUGCGCCGUAAGGAUGAGCAACUCCGCGACCUCGCCGGCCAGUUCGGUCUCAUGGAGCUCGAACAAACCAAAUGGGGCAAAGAGCGCGAGCAGUACGAAGAGCGUAUCUCCAUGCUCGAGCGCGACAUCGAAGUAGCGCAAGACACUCAGCGCUCGCUCGACGACCAGAAGCACGAGAACAUGAACCUGAAGGAGACCAUCGACCGUUUGCGCUUCGAUCUGGACGAGUUGCGUUCUGGACAGCACGGUGGCACGUCGCAGGCGGGAACUUCAAGCGUACCUGGGAGCGUGUCGAAGAGUCUGGGUGCGGAGCUGCUGAGCAAGAUGCAGGAUGGAGAAGACUGGAUCCAGGAUGACGACGCGCACAGCACAACCAUCCAGGACAUUCAGGUCGAGGCGGAAAGUUCGGACGACGAAGAUGUCAUCCAGACCAUCAUCACGCGCAAGAAGAAGCGGGGUAUGAGCAAGGCCAACAUGUUGCAACCCACGACGCUCUCGCACUUGGAUGAGCGUGAACUUGUCGACGCUUACACGCAAUACGACCCCGCUUUCUUCCAGGCGACGCACUCGACGCAGACGGUACCGGAACCUGUGGUACCGAAGGCGUCUUUCAGCGUUCAGACGGACGAGCCUCCGAAGGCCGUUACCGAGGUACAGACGGAGGCACCUCUCCCGCGCGUCACAGUCGAGAUGGAGAUCCAAACCGAGCCGGAACCGACACCCAUCCCCUCUCGAUCUCCCUCACCUGCGCCUGAAGAGGAUGAAGCUCUCGCAUCGUCUUCCUCGACCGUCAUUCCUCCGACGCCGAAGCCCAAGGUCGAUCAUCUCACAGCCGACCUCCCUCCCUCGUACACGGACGCCGUCCACAACCUCGAGCACCUUCUGGAGGCCGCCGACCCGUCCUUUGCGCAUGUCACGGACCCAGAUGCCCGCCGUGAGCUCACAGCCGCCGCCGAGGCUUUGCGUCGAUACCAUAAGGGUCUUCAGCUCCCCUUGCGCGCAAACGGAGCCGAAGUAUCCGCCGAAGCCGCCGCGGAAUGGGAGACGCUCAAGCAGGAGCUUGGUUUGAGCUGCACUGUCAUCGACAAGGCUCUCGCGUCUUCGCACAUCGCCGCGCGCAAGCCGACCUCGCCCCGCCGCUCGCGGUUCUACAACAUCUACAACACCUAUGUGUACGACUCGUCUGAUGGAUCGCCCACGCAUCCUUGGUUGUCGCAGCUGCUCGUGGCUGGUCUCGCGAGCGCGGUCAUGUUCGCUGUCAUGAGCCCCUUCCUCGUACCGUAUCACGGUGCCGUUCCCGGUGGACCGACAUACUACGACAGGGUUGCGUGGCAGAGCUUUAAUGCGAUGCCCGGGAAUGCGGAGGGCUUCGUCAACGAUGGGACCGCUACCGUCUGGAGCUUCCUUGGAAGGUUAGGUGGAGGUGCGGCGAGGGUCGUGAGGAAUUGGCCGACAUGA